UUAUAACAAAAUGGCUCGAUCAAUCACCUUGGUCAUGGUUCUAAUCUCUAUCAUGUCUCUAGCCAAUGGGUCUAACCUCUACCCUCAGUUUUAUGACCACACUUGUCCACAAGCUAAAAAUAUCGUAAGGUCUGUUGUUGCGCAAGCUGUUGCGAAAGAGGCCCGUAUGGCUGCUUCUUUGCUCAGGCUCCAUUUCCACGAUUGCUUCGUCAAGGGGUGUGAUGCUUCAAUACUACUUGACAAUAGUGGAACCAUAAUUAGCGAGAAAGGAUCAGUGCCAAACCGCAACUCAGCUCGUGGUUUUGAAGUCAUUGAUCAGAUAAAAGAGGCACUAGAGAAGGCGUGCCCUCAAACCGUCUCAUGUGCAGAUGUUAUGGCUCUUGCCGCUAGAGACUCAACUGUUCUGACUGGUGGGCCAAGCUGGGAAGUUCCAUUGGGCAGAAGGGACUCAUUAGGUGCAAGCUUGAGUGGUUCUAACCAAAACAUUCCUGCUCCUAACAACACUUUUCAGACCAUUCUCACCAAAUUUAAGCUCAAGGGUCUUGACAUUGUUGAUUUCGUUACACUUUCUGGAAGCCAUACCAUUGGAAAUGCUAGGUGCACUAGUUUCAGGCAAAGGCUAUACAACAACACAGGAAACGGGAGGCCCGACUUUUCGUUAGACCAGUCAUACGCUGCCAAGCUUCGUCAGAACUGCCCGAGAUCUGGUGGUGAUCAGAACCUUUUUGUCAUGGAUCCCCUCUCACCUACAAAGUUCGAUAACAAUUACUACAAGAACUUAAUAGCUUCAAAGGGACUUCUAAGUUCUGAUGAAAUAUUGUUCACACAAAACCAACAAACAAUGCAGUAUGUGAAGCAGUAUGCUGCAAACCAAGAGCUUUUCUUCCAGCAGUUUGCAAAGUCAAUGGUUAAAAUGGGAAAUAUUACACCGUUGACCGGUAAAAGUGGUCAAAUCAGAAAGAUAUGCAGGAAAGUCAACAGUUAAAAA